UAAAAAGAUUCAUAGUUGAGGGAAUAUUGUAAUUACCCAAACAUGAGGUGUUUCCUGUAAUUUAUCCUUCUUUUUGUAAAUGAGAUUUAUAUGUCAAUCAAGUUGACUAUCAAUUUGUAUAAACUAUUUAGUUACAAAUUUGAAUUAGCCCAUUUGUGCUAAAUUGACCCACUAACAACUGGGUUUUUAGCCCGUUUGUAAUAACUUGACCCAUUGAAACCCGGGUUUAAGGUCACUAUUCAUAUAUCAAGUCAAGUAGUACAAAUUUUACUUGCACGCGGGGAAAGAGAAGGUGUCAAACCCAGAAAUUCACACACACACACACACACACACACACACACACACAGACGGUGUAAUCAGCGAAAAUCUGGUGGUAGGAAAGCAGUUGCCGAGGAGAUGUCGUUACACGAUCGCGCUCUGACGGCGGUUCUGACGCAGCUGGCAAUGGCGGCGGACGGCGCGUUUAUCGGCGUCGGCGUUGCCUACGUGGCGUUCAGCUGCUUCCGGAAGUACGCCGCCACGUCAUCCGCCCUCCGCAAAAUCAGCCAGUCCGCGUCCGUUCAGCCCUCCGACCUCCGGUCCAUCCUUUCCGACUCCGAUGAUUCUAGACCUAGUAGUUCUCGCCGCGACGACGGAGAUGCUUCUAGUUUGAAUUUUGACUGUGGAAAAUUGGUGUUCGUUAGCGGAAGCGUGGAGGUGAAAUCUGCUUUGGAUAAGGCGAAUUGGAAGAGCUUGAGGGGAACUGAUUUGGUUGUUUCUCAUGAGUCUGGGGAGAAGGGCGUUAUAUUGCAGCGAAUUCAAACUUGUAUAUACAAUGAGUGGAGAGGACUCUUCAGAUGGACCGCUGAUUUAGGCUCUAUGCUUAUGCCUAGAAGAAUCACUAAAGAGAAUGCGUCGUCCUCAAUGAAUAUGGUUCCUUUUAUUCUUGUUGAAGAGGGAAAAUGGCCUCCAUCUGAUCAUGUUGUUGUCAACAUGGAAGGAUCAACACAUCCGCUACCUCUCACAACUGUUUAUCAGCACCUGCAGCCUGUUAAGGCUUCUAGUUACACUGUUUUUCAGGCGCUUGUCGGUCUUGAGUAUCCUGUUGGACUGCUUUAUGAGGAGAAAAUAUUGCCUCUUGGAAAGGAUAUAACUGCUGUUGGUAUUUGCAAUCUGAAAAACGGGAUUCCUGAGAUAAAAUCAUGCGAAGAUCUUCCUUACUUUUUGUCUAUUUUGACGAAGGAUCAAAUGAUCGCAGAUCUUUCCUUCAAAUCGAAAGUGUUACUGUGGAGUGGCCUUAUUUUGGGUACAGUUGCCAUAGGUGUCCUUGGCUAUUCAAUUUCAAGGAAUUGGAGUAAAUGGAAAGAGUGGAAAGCCAGGCGAGCUCAGCAGCAGCAGAAUGCGUCCAGGAUCGAAAAUCUCGACGAGACAGAAGAGGAAGAGUCUGGAGAUGUGCCCGACGGUGAGCUAUGUGUCGUUUGUCUAAUGAGAAGGCGCCGUUCUGCCUUUGUACCGUGUGGGCAUCUUGUUUGUUGUCAUCGCUGUGCCUUCUCAGUCGAGCGCGAAGUUUCACCAAAAUGCCCCGUUUGCAGACAGCCAAUCAGAAACUCGGUAAGAAUCUACGACUCUUGAGAGAGAUUUAUCUGACAUUAACGGGUGCCUGUCUAUUUCUUGGUUUUGCUGGAGAAAACAUUGGAAUUCUUAACGGGGAAAUGCAGCAGUAUAUAAGUCUACUAACUAGAUUCUCUUUUCGUAUUUUUAAAAAAAAUCGGAAAAAAAUAUUCGGAGGUACAAAAUUUGUGAAAAACGCGCUAUGCUUGAUAUAUAUAUAUAUAUAGGAUAAUAGGAAACCAUCAUUUGCACUUGUAUUGCCAGAUUUAUCUUGCACCAAUUUCUUUAUGUGGUGUUGUUCACUA